UGGUGGCUGCCCGAAUCCAGAAAAGUCCAAGAUCUUCAUAUCAGAUCCACAACAAAACCAAAACCAAACUCAUAAUUACAAGGAAAAGAACAACAGACACAACCAAGAAGAAGAAAUGGAGGUCCUCAAUGAAGAAGAAGAGUACAAUUGGAGAGAAGUCCAUCUUCCAUCGUUAAUCCCAGUGGUUCCACAACCAGAGCUCGAGAGAGAGACAGGAGAGCGGAGGAGAGGCAGAGACAUCCUCAUAGCCAUUGAUCAUGGACCCAACAGCAAACACGCCUUCGAUUGGGCCUUGAUCCAUCUCUGCAGGCUCGCUGAUACUAUCCAUCUUGUCCAUGCUGUUUCCAGCGUGAAAAAUGAUAUUGUCUAUGAGAUGGCUCAAGGGCUUAUGGAGAAGCUUGCUGUGGAGGCUUUCCAGGUUGUUAUGGUGAAGAGUGUGGCUCGGAUUGUAGAAGGUGAUCCAGGUAAAGUUAUUUGUAAAGAAGCAGAGAGAUUGAGGCCUGCAGCUGUGGUGAUGGGUACCAGAGGCAGAGGCUUAGUUCAAAGUGUGCUUCAGGGAAGUGUGAGUGAGUACUGCUUCCACCAUUGCAAAGCAGCACCUGUUGUAAUUGUUCCAGGGAAAGAAGCAGGGGAUGAAUCACUGAUACAAUGGAAGUAGUCUUAUUAUUUUGGCAAUUCAUUGAGAUUGUAAAACUUGUGUGUUGAUCAUUGAAAAUUAUAUAAGGAUUCAGGAAGGAUGAGGUUGUGAAAUUUGUAUGACAAAGUUUAGCUACAUGUAACCAAGAAUGUCUAUUAUUUGUAGGGUUUGUGAGAAAAACUUUUCUAUUUAUUUUUGCCAAUUUCUUCAUUGAAAA